CCGACGCAUCGUAAUCGUCGGACAAGAGAAACGAAUAGUUCUAUCCGUUCUAUCCCAGUAUAACGAGUGGAUUGCUCGCCAAAAUUCCAACGUCUGUGGAAGCUAUCGAAGAAGAAGAUAAUAACACCAGUUAAACGCAACGAUUAUGUUCAUCUAUACAAUUUAUCUAAUAGUUUUAUGUCUUAUUCUGACAGUUAUUAAACUCCGGCCAAAAUUACUGGAGCCAACAUCAGGAGGAAAUAUUCCGGGUCCAUUUCCUUGGCCAGUGUUGGGUAAUUUACGACUGGUGCGAAGAUUGUGCAAAAAAUUUGGUGGACAGCACAAGGCCUUUCUCGAACUCUCCAAGGAUUACAACAGUAAUAUCAUCAAUUUACGUCUUGGACAUUCGGAUGUUGUCGUUGUAUGUGGAUAUAAGGGUGUUGCAAAAAUUUUGCGAGACGAGACAUUUGAUGCAAGACCGUGGAAUGAAUUUACGAAGAUACGGAAUAUGGGAUUGCGUAAAGGAAUUACGAUGAAUGAGGGUCCAGUAUGGCGGGAAAUGCGUUCGUGGUUAGUGAGAUGUCUCAGGGACCUGGGAUUUGGGCGUGUCGAGAUGUCAGAUAAGAUUAGAGACGAAUUAGUCAUUAUUCUUCAGCAAUUAAAAGCCAAAGGAGGUGGGAUUUUGAGAAUGAACCCCAUUGUCGCACCGGCUGUCAUUAAUGUGAUUUGGAGUGUUGCAACGGGAAAACGAAUUGAAGAUGAAAAACGUUUAAGAUAUUUCCUUGAUCUCAUGGAACGUCGGGCAAAAGCUUUCGAUAUCGCUGGAGGAAUGUUAUCAGUAUUUCCCUGGAUAAGACAUGUAGCACCAAAAAGCUCUGGAUAUGAACUACUAAUGACCGUUAAUGAGGAGCUUAAAUUAUUCCUGAUGGAAACCAUAAAUGAGCACAAAAAGACUUACACACCUGGUAAAGAGAUGGAUCUAAUCCACAUGUUUCUUGCGGAAAUGUACAACGGAAAAGGUCCUGAAGCUGGUUUCACCGAGGAUCAAUUAUUGAUGAUAUUAAUCGACUUGUUCAUCGCUGGAUCUCAGACAACAACAGUCACCUUAGACUUUAUGUUUCUCUACAUGACACUUCACCAAGAUGUCCAGGAAAAGGUGCAUCAAGAACUAGAUUCUGUGAUUAGCUUCGGGAGACUGCCGCAGCAGACGGAUCGACCAUUACUUCCAUACACUGAAUCCGUCAUGACUGAGUCCCAGAGAUUACGUGUGGUCACUCCGAUAAUUGGCCCUCGACGAGCGUUAAAUGAUACAACACUCGAGGGCUAUAAAAUAUCAAAAGGCACGUGCAUUCUAAUGAAUAUCUACAGCAUACACACAAAUCCCGAGGACUUUGACGAUCCAGAGGUCUUUAAACCCGAAAGAUUCAUGGUGAAUGGUGCACAUGUGCCCCACAAGAAGUUGAUAUUUUUCGGUGGAGGUCACAGGCGUUGCCCGGGAGAGACUCUCGCAAGAUCCGCAGUAUUUCUACUGUUCACUGGAAUUAUGAGAAAUUACAAAUUACUUCCUGUCCCUGGGAAAGAGCUCGAUGCAGAGCCACAGCCUGGACUCACGAUAUCCCCGAAACCGUAUGAGGUACUCCUUGUGUCUCAUUCGACGUAAUUAUUUCAUCUUUAUCUGCGAUUACUUAGGGGCAUUUAGUUAAUGAAUUAUUUGGCAGGCUUAUGAGCUAUUUAAUCACCCAUGCAGAAUUCAGACCCAUUCAGAGUAAUUGCUGGAUAUUAAUCAUGCUUUUCUUAAGAAAUCGAUUGACUAGAUUGAUUUGAAUUGGAAAAUUAACUGUAUGUCGUUGUAAAUGAAAUUAAUUGGAUGAGAUAUGAAAUAACUUUAUCUCGUCCAGUCGUAGCUCACGAUAGUCGUGUUAAAAAAUCAAGGGGAUGAUUUAUUUAAGAGAUCAUCCUUAUGGCGAAUGCAUGGUAUUGUAAUUUUUUGAAUCGUUGAAUAUAUUUCUUUCACUCCUGUUAUUCGUAACU